GAUAAGAUAAGAUAAGAUCGAAUGGCACAGACUCCGCUCUAGUUCAUUUGGAUCAUCUUUCGUCAAUGCACUUCCUGAACCCUUCUCGAAAUUAUUAUUCAUGCAUCAUCGAUUUCACCUAGAAACAUUCCAGUUCUGCUGAUUAUCAUUACUAUCGCACAUCUCCAUUAACAUACACUUCAUCAGGACAACAUCUUCGUACUAUGUAUGGCAUAUCCACCAUCCACCCAUCUACCACAUAUGCCAGUCUGAGACAACAACAUUUACGAAUCGUUAGAAGUGGCUAUACAUAUUUAGUGAACCAAUAGCUCUCGUUCGUUCCUAGCCUUUACAAAUUCACCUCCUCCAUCAACACUUCAGGGCUGUGCUUUCUCCAACUGCUUCGACAAUUUAACCUUACUCUAAUAACAACCACAAGAGAGACACGCCAGCAACUUCCUCGCGCUCCAUAGGAAGACAGACACAACAUCGUAAAUACCGCUGCGACAAAACAGUGCCAAUAUGUGCACUACUUAUUUCUCCACCUAUAUUAACUGCAAUCAUCGUCCUUUCCGGCGCACGCGAUGCCCUCUCUAUAAACAAGAUCCUCGAGCCUGUACCCGCAAAGUUGAAGUUCUCACAGACGACGGCCUUCUCUGCCCAGCGUGUUUCGAUGAGGUCGUUUGGGUUCGAUCCAACGGUGAAUGGGAUAUCGUAGAAACGCCAGAUGGUGAUCUUGCAAAAGAUGAUUGGGUAGAGGUUGUACGAGUGGGAUAUGAUUGGAAAGAAAAUAGUGAACCGAAAAAUGCGAAACCUCUUGUCAAGCGGGAUAAAGCACCUGUGCUCUCUGAAGUCGACGGCACAAAGCCAGUAUCCAAGAAAACAAUCGAGAAGUCGAAUCAGCAAUGGGAGGAGACUCUAGGAAAGCAAGCUCCUCGUUUGGUGGGGCGCCCAGAAGAAGCAAUACCAGACUCCCAGAGGCUAUCCAAUAGUACACAAAGCUUGCCCAAGUUCUCAAAAUGGUCCAACGAAUAAACGAGUAUAACGACGGCCCAUGGUGGCUCUAAAAACACCGUGUGCCCUAAUCAUGAAUUCAGAUUAAUUCGAUGGACUAUGGAUUGCCUUGGCUUCGAGACUUUACAAAAAAAUACCAAUGUGUUUCACAUUGACGAUACGUCAGGAACUAACCAGGGAAUCACAAAGUAUUUGUUCUAGCUCACUCGUAUGGCAUACCAAAAACGGUGAACGGGCAUUAUGACUAGAGACGCGUCCAGAGCCUAGUCGUACUCCUUGCGUCAAGAUAUGAUGAAAGAACUGGAGCCCUGAUACUUCUUAAGCAGUCAUUCAGACUUUCAAAACUCCGACAUCACAUUUUCUCUCAGUGAUAUUUUCCACCCACCUAAACUACCCAUCGACAAUACAAGCAACAUCAUCCGAUCAUAUAAUAAUCAUGUACUUUUGGCCUCCUAAAUCACUCUGAAGCCGACAAGAAGCUACGAUCGGCGCAUUUCAAAAAGAAUAUGCAAAAUUAUCUUCGGCAGAUAUAUGAUAUGAUGAUUUUCCUUCCAUCUAAAAAAAAGGUUGUUGAGAAAAAAUCGCAUACUUCCAACUCUCCUUCUUUGAGUCAACUGCAAAAUGCAUAUCUCCACCUAAUACACAAUGGUUGUCAACUUGUCUCAUUAGACUCCUCCCAGAAAUCGCCUCGAAGCAGGCUUUUUAUCAAGGCCAUAUGAGAUUGUCUGAUUCGUUCUUGAAGAAGUAACGUAACUUAUCAGGUCGGUAGUCUCUGAUACAUCUUUUCUGGAUGUGGCCAUGUUGCAAGCCAAGACAUUUGCGGUGAAUUCUAAGGUAUCUAUUCCUCAUGUUGAGCCCGAUGGCGAGGAUGUAUGAAGAGGACUGCAAUGUUCUCAAAGAUGCAAAAUGUGUGGAGGUUAUCAGUUUUUGGGGUCAAUCUUCCUAAAUGAUUUUGUUUCGCGAAAUCUCCUGCAUAACGAUUUGAAGAUGUUUAUUGAUUUGGACUUGAAUUGACGCAUAAUUUAUGGCUUUGUGUAGUAAUUUUUGGAAUCUCUCGACAACUGAUUAUCUCACUGGUUAAAAACAGGAUGAUUUGGUAUAGCAUGAUUCAUGUUCUCAUGUAGUAUUCUGUCUUAAGAUAUUUACUGGCUUAGCACUGGUUAUAGAAUAUAGUCUCUCAAAUCAACGCUUUAGUCAAUUAUAUACAUAGUAAAAAAAGAUUCGAAUCACACUUUCAGCAAAAUAUCACGGCGCUGAAUACA